UGCUACCAGAGAGGGAAAAUGAUAAUGAAGGAUAGGAGGCCUUGUAGCUUAUUAAGCCUAAUUAAAAGCUCGUACACAUUAUUAUUUAUUACUAGUGUUGUCCCCGCUAACACGUUUUAACAUCGCAAAACUCCGGUGACUCCCUCACAAGUUUAUACGUUUAAAUUUCAUGCAACCAAGAUCUGCUGCUCCAUUACUGCUGUAGACAGAUCGAAGCUGGUCACCGUGUCCCGAGUCUGUGUGAAUUGCAACCUCUAUUGCUGCAACAGUCAUAUUCUCCUGCAACAGAAAUGUUCAAAUGUCAGACACUCCACCCACUGUUAUUGUUCUCAUAUUUUAAAGUGUUUCAAGCACUGUCAAAGUGUGUGUUUUGAAUACCGUACUUGGCAAAACACAUAGAUGUGAUCCAGAACCUGUAGACAAGUAAAGCCAGUCACUGAAAAAAGUUUUCGAACUUGGCCCCAUCUUAGAAAACCAACCGACCGGGAAUAGGAUAGUGCAAUGUUCAAGAAGACGUUGGGCGUCAACUAGGCGGGGAGGCACCGCCCAGCGCCCAGGGCGAUUAAUCGUCGCCUAGGCGAGAUUAAAUGUGGAAAAAAAUUUGACCUAAAAAGCCCUUAAUCCACCAUACUCAUGCCUACAAAUCUCAAUCCAACAUACUAUUACCCCUUUUCCACAUAAAUCAGCAACAUAUCCUACUACCCUUUAUCAUUAAUCAAUUGUUCAUCAUUCAUCAACCCACCAAACGAGAGCGGUAAGGACGAGUGAGUCACUGUAACAAACCGGGAUAUGAAAAGGGGUUAGUUGUAAGUAGGAUAAGUAUGGGGACUACGAUGGAUAUUGUGUAAACAACUACAAAAGUUUCUCUACGGAACUGUAAGAAAGAAUAAGAAAUAACAGAACAUUUUCCCAACCUCUUCUGUCUCCUCUUCGUCUUCCACAUCUGCUCUCCUUCUGAAUUCCCUCCUUCCCUCUGAUUCUUCCUCUCUAGUCUUCUUCUUCUUCUUCUUCUUCUCAGAUUCUAUACUUCUUCUCUUCAAUUCAAACUUCACAGACUCAUACUUCGUCGGAAUCGAUCCUUUGCCAACUCAAUCGUCACAGUCACAAACCUUCUCCAACUAGAUGAUGGCGAUCGGCGACGACAGCUAUGGAGAUCGGCGACGAUAGUUAUGGAGGAAGACUUUGCGAUGGCGGCGAGGACGAGGCGCACCACGAUGGCGGCGAGGAAGAAGCGCAAUUAAUGCUUGCGACGAUGACCCUGUUGCGAUGUUGGAGACGGCAGCGGCGGUUUGCUGGAGAGGAGAGACGAUGGCGGCGGUUGGCUAGAGAGGAGGGAAAGCUACGACGGUUACUGUGCAGGAGGGAGAGUUGCUCGUCUGCUACCCGAUUGGAAAUGAAAGGGAUUAGGGUUUUUUGGGGCCAAACGCAGCAGCAUCUCCUCCCCCUUCUCUUGUUCAGGGGCGCCGCCCAACGGCAAGGAAUCGCGACUUCGAGCUACUAGUCGUCGUCUCGGCGUUUUUCAACGCGAUUCUGCGUUUUGCACGCUCAGCCACUUCGCCCAGGGCUAGACUCCACGAUUUCCCCUUGCCCAGCGCCUAAUCGCGCCUAGGCGCACGCUAGGCGCGUCUUCUUGAACACUGGGAUAGUGAGGAAAGGGAUGCAGAAAAUGAGUUCAGUUUUCUCCCUAGAACACAAGGAAAACAAAGGGUAGGAACACAACAGAAAAUGUGAUGACGUCAUCAAGACCAAGUCUGCUCAAGAGGAAGAAGGCCCAAUGGCUGGUGCAAAAGCUAAGCCUUUAAGAAAGUAAACUGGAAGUUAUUUGAGUGCACAAUUGCAGGAUAUGGACGUGGAGUUGCAUGGAGGAGAGCCCAUUACAUUACUACAAUUUGUGAAUCAAAUUCAAGAGAAGAUUCGUCUUAAGAUGAUUUUCCCAUGGUGUGAAUGGAACCAUAAGUGUGAACACAAGGGGGCAGAUUUGAACGCAUGGAUUAAGGGGGAUUUUGACUUUGUCUUUUCUUGCUUGUUAAGGUUUCUUUAUCUUUUUUAGAGUAGGAUUUUAUGAUCCUUUGUAGUUUGGUUUUUGGGUUCUUAAUCCUAUUUAAGGGGUCUAACCAUUAUAAUGGAUUCAUCCAAACCUUUGUAAACGUUUGCAUAAAUUCCCUUCGAGGAU